GUUGAGAUAUGUGAAACAAGGUUAUAUUGAUGUGCAGGAGGUUUAGACUUAGAUAGUUUAUUUAUUAAGAAAUAAAUAAUUAUUUAUUUUUAUCUUUUUACCUGCAGCAUAGGUAAAACUCCAAAUUCAUUAGAAUAAUAAUAAUGAAUAUUUUUAUAAGAUUUACUUUUGUUCUUUGAACUGAGUCGAUCAAGGUAUACACCGAGUAGCGUUUAAUGUGUGUAAACAAUUUUUAAAUUAUUCAAUUUGCAUACUAAACUCUGGGUUACAACUCUCAGUAAUUCAAACUAAAGAAUGGACACUUCUAAUGAAUCGCUGUUUAAACCUCUACCUUUUGAGAUUACUCAAAAUGCUUGUACAUUUAAGAGUAGAGAACAUGAUAUUUUGGAUUUUUUAAAAACAUAUUUACCAAAUACUGAUACUAAAGAUAUUGUUGGAGAUAUUGAUACGACUUAUAUACUUGAUAAAGUUAAAUCUCACAUGCAAAAAGUUAAGCCAAAAAAAAAGACUUUUUUGAGUUCUCGUCAACGAAAACGUAUUGGAAUUAAAACCAUUGGUUUAAAUACUAAAUUAAAAUAUGCAGAUUUUCUUCCUUUAAAAAAAUUAUGGUUGCAAUAUGUUCUAAAAACAUUAGAAAUUGAUGAUUUUUGUAAAUUACCUGUAAGUCCUACUGAUCCACAGUGGGAGACGAUGAAUUUAAAAUUAAUGAGAGCUGAUCUGCAUGGUGCAGACAUGGCUGUUGUUAAAUCAAAAUGUCCAAGCUUGAUAGGGAUUAGAGGGAUAUUAAUUCAAGAAACAAAAAAUGCAUUUCGAGUUAUUGGAGAAGAUAACACUGUUCGAACAAUUCCAAAAAUGGCCGUUGUUGUAGAUAUUUUUCUGGUUGGAGUAAAAUUAACAUUAUUUGGAAAAGAAUUUUGUAUUAGACCUGCAGAAAGAUGUGUUAAGAAAUUUAAAGCAGUUCAUAUACCACAAUUGUAGUCGUAUGUUAAUAAAAUGUUAAAUCAAAAUUA